AACAAUUUCAAAAUGGCGUCGCCCGAACUCGAAAAUUGCAAAAAUUUGGAAUUAAACUGUUUUAUUUGACUGCAAGUAGAUGAUUGAAGAAGUUAAGUAAAUAAUCGUAUGCAAAAUGCCGAAAGACAGAAUAAUUGAAACGCUUAAAGCGUAUAAGCUUGCUCAUCAAGUGCUAUGUGUAAAGGCUUUCAAUUUUCAAGGAAAAUCACUUAUUGGCUAUGUGGAGCUGACUAUAUACCCACUACGUGCAGAUUUGAAAAGGAUAAAACUCAACAGUAAACAAUGCAGGAUAUAUAGAGUGCUAGUCAAUGAUACCUGGGAGUCAACAUUCUGGUACAAUGAUCCCACACUGGAGGCUGUACAGGAUGAAGAAAAGGCCAGGCAGCGUAGUUUAGAAGUGUAUGAGAAGUGUUAUAAUGGGGCAGUAAAGUCAACCAACCCAGAUCUAGGAAAUGGUGAAGUUACAAUACGCCUUCCACAGGAGUGUCUCCCUCUUGUAGCUGAGCUACAGCCAAUCAGAAUCAACAUAGAGUUUUCCCUGGAGCAGCCCGAGGGCGGUUUACAUUUUGUUUUGCCGAAUGCUGAGGGAACAUUAGCUGAAAGAGGAGCUCAUUGUUUUACAUACAGACAUGAGAACUCUUCCAGAUUAUGGUUUCCAUGUAUAGACAGUUACGCCGAGCCGUGUACGUGGAAGCUAGAGUUCACCUGUGACCUUGAGAUGACAGCCGUGUCAUGUGGUGACCUUUUAGAGGUCGUAUAUACCACAGAUAAAAGAGCAAAGACGUACCACUAUUACCUUAGUACUCCGACCUCGGCACCGAAUAUUGCUCUGGCUGUCGGACCAUUUGAAACACUAGUGGACCCUAACAUGCAUGAAGUUACACAUUUUUGUUUGCCACAUUUAAAAGGAAUUCUCAAACAUACUACCAGCUAUUUACAUGAGAGUUUUGAGUUUUAUGAAGAGCUGAUGUCGAGUCGCUAUCCGUUCUCAUGUUAUAAACAAGUGUUUGUAGACGAGAGCUAUGAAGAUAUGCAGGCAUUUGCAACAAUGACUAUAUUCAGUACCAACCUACUACACUCAGCUCGUGUUAUAGAUCAGACCAUUAUAACAAGAAAGUACAUGGCAGCUGGGAUUGCGCAACAGUUUUUCGGAUGUUUUAUUGUAAUGCAAUGCUGGUUUGAUGCCUGGCUUACCAAGGGUAUUGCAGCAUACCUAACUCAACUGUUUGUAAAGAAAACAUUCGGUAACAAUGAAUACAGACAUGGAAUUGCUCAGUAUUUAAAAGAGGUGGAGGAGUAUGAAGCACAGAGUGGAGGUAUUGUGUUAGACCCUUCCACUGGACAGAAUAAUCAGUAUUUCUCUUGUUUUCAACCACAUACAAUGUCACCUGCCUACCUGGAAAUGUAUAACAAGAAAUCCAUGCUAAUUCUUCGUAUGUUAGAGGCAAGAAUUGGUGCCACACUGUUGCUACAGGUAUUUAACAAGUUACAAGCUCUGGCAUAUACAGCAUCCCAACAGAAGUUUGUUUCUAACACCUGGUCCAAUAUGCUUCUCUCAACAAACUCGUUUUUAAAGAUUAUCUCGACAGUUACUGGAAAAGAUAUUCAACCAUUUAUAGACCAGUGGAUUUAUCAGAGUGGGUGUGCAAGAUUUGUAGGAAACUUUGUCUUUAACAGGAAAAGAAAUGUAGUAGAACUAGAAAUCAAACAGGAUCAUACAGCUAAAGGUUCCCUCAAAUAUGUGGGACCACUUGAGAUGACUAUACAAGAGUUAGAUGGAUCUUUCAACCAUACCUUCAACAUUGAAGAGAACAAGACCAAAUUUGAAAUAACAUGCCAUUCCAAAAGUAGAAGGAAUAAAAAGAAGAAGAUACCACUGAUGACAGGAGAAGAGGUUGACAUGGACCUCAGUGCCAUGGAUGCUGAUUCACCUGUACUAUGGUUAAGAGUUGAUAAAGACAUGAACUUACUACGCAGUGUACAGUGGGAACAACCAGACUACAUGUGGCAAUACCAGCUCAAAUACGAGAGAGAUGUUGUAGCUCAAAGUGAGGCAAUCCAAGCUUUACGACUGUUUUCUACACCAGCUACAAGGAAAGCAUUGACAGAUGUUCUAGAAUGUGAACAGAGCUAUUAUAAAGUCAGAAUAGAAGCCAGCAUGUGUCUAGCUAAGGUGGCUAACACAAUGGUUACAUCGUGGGCGGGUCCUCCAGCGAUGUUAAAUAUCUUCAGGAAGAUGUUUGGUUCACACUCAUGUCCUAGUAUUGUGAGACAGAACAAUUUUGUCAAAUUUCAGCAAUACUUCAUUCUUAAGGCAAUCCCAAUGGCAAUGGCACAGCUGAGAAACAUGCACAAUAUCUGUCCUCCUGAGGUUGUCCGAUUUCUUCUUGAUCUCUUCAAAUAUAAUGACAACAGUAAAAAUAAGUAUUCAGAUAACUACUAUAGAGCUGCGCUGGUAGAUGCCCUGGCUGCUACAGUAACUCCAGCUGUUACCACGGUAACCAUCACUGGGCAAAGUGUAAAUUCUGACUUAUCAGCUGACACUAAAGCAAUCUUGGAUGAGAUCACACGAUGCUUGAACUUGGAGAAGUUACUAUCAUGUUACAGGCAUACUGUCACUGUAAGUUGUAUAAGGGCAAUUCGAGUGUUGCAGAAGUUUGGGCAUCUGCCAAGUGAUCCAGGAAUAUUUAGAAGUUAUGCUCAGCAUGGAGUUUUUAGAGAUGUCAGACUGGUGGCCAUCGAAUCUCUUGUGGACUUUAUCAAAACUGAUGUGAAUGUGUCUGAGCUCUACUGGUUACUGGAGGUGGUAGAAAAAGAUCCAGAUAAACAUGUCAGUUACGAGACAAUACAGAUGUUGAGCAAUAAUCCACCAUUCAGGAGAGGCGAGGACAGUUUACUUAACACAGAGGCUCUUGUCAACAGACUCUGGAAACUGAUAAAUUGCACUUUGGCACAUGAUGCCAAGCUGAGAUGUGGAGUUGCUGAGUUUUAUUUUGUAAUGUUUGGACGUUACCGGCCAGCAUGUCUUCAUGUUCCUGAUAGUUUUAUCGUGUUUAAUAUGAAUGAGAAGAAGAAACCAGCAAUGAUAAAUCCUGCAAUAGUCUCAGAACAGAUGACAGAUAUGUUUGAGGAAGAUGAGGAUGACCUGCCAUCUAUCAUGUCUACACCUAUAGCUACUCCAGUUGUACCUAAGGAAGAAUCAAUCAUAGUGGAUGUGGAGAGUAACAGUCCAGUGAAGGAGCCAGGUAGGCCUCUGUUAGACAAACCCACAGCUGUUCCAGCUUUCAUGGGCAUGCACAGUAGAUCUGAGUCUCCCCAGGCACCACUGUUCUCCCAGGGUAACAAACGCAAGGCAGAAUCACCUCCCCCUGGGCCACCAGCAAAGAUCCCAACCCUAGUUAAACAAGAAAGUGCUAGUGGAGAAGACAGUAAUCCUGUCAGACUGAAAAUCAAGAUAGGUAAUCGUAGCAGUGUGGAGGACAGUUCCCAGAUGACCUCACAACCAUCUGUAACUAUGGUAACCAAUGUUGAUCUACUACCACCAGUAUUAUUUCCAGAAUUCCUUAGAUUCUCACGGAUUCCAGAUGACACACAGACCCAGCCCCCUAAACCUACUAAGUCUGAGAUUCCAAACCUAGCUUACAUUGCUGGAGACAGCCAGAGCCGACUGAGUGAAGACUCCAACUCAUCACAGGAAGAUUCCUCAGUGUCCAGGCCAGUACCACCCACAGGAAAGACGGAGGGACCCACUUCAUUUCGUGGCAUGUUUUCAUCAAGUCCGAGUAGCCUUCCUCCCGUGUCAGACACGGUUACCAUAACAUCAGCUGAAACUGACUCUAGUAAACAUCAUAAAAUGAAAAAGAAGAAAAAGAAAAAUAAGCACAAACAUAAACAUAAGCACAGACAUGAGAGACAUGAGAAGGAACGGAGUCGAGACAGUAAAGAUCGAUUCAGUGUGACGGGGGUGUCGAGUCCCAUGGUGCCCUCUGUGCAGUCAGUAACAUCAAUGUCAUCUAUGGACAAUACUAGAGACUCAGCACCAAGUUCUCCGGAGUUUGAAGUUAUUUGAAUCAGUUUUAAGCUCAUCUGACUUUUUGAGAGCAAAAAAAAUGAUGAGUUAUUGUCAUCACUUGAUCGUCAUUGGCAUUGCCUGGUUAAGUUGUAUGUUUAGGUCAGCUUUUCUCCUAAACUAUCAAAGCUAUUGCUUUAAUACUUGCAGCUCUUGUUCAACAUCAAAAGCUGACUCUAUACAGCAAGAAACAUAACUCCAUCCUAAUUUUUGCAAGAAUUAUGGGCCCUUUUGGACUUGGAAAAUAUCAGAUUUCUUGGUUAAGUUUUGUGUUUAGGUCGACUUUUCUCCUUAACGGUCAAAGCUAUUGCUGUAAAACUUGGAGCAGUUAUUCGCCAUUUAAAAGCUGACUCUGCACAGCAAGUACCAUAACUCUAAAUUGCUUUUUGCAAGAAUUAUGGCCCCUUUUGUACUUAGAAAAUCAUGUGUUGGACAAUAUUUCUUUUAUACAGAGACAAAAAAAUCAGAUGAGCAUCUGCAUCCGCAAGGCGGUGCUCUUAUUUAAUUGCCCUUUUUAACAAAUUAAGUUUGAAAUUUAGUCACACAGUAUCAUGGUGUUACUAAACCAGAAAUUUAUAUUUAUAUCUAUGCAUAAAUUUUAUUGUUAAGAAUGGUACAAACAUUUAUAUGUGACUAAAGUUUGUUAAUUAUAAUUUUGCCUCAGUGACAGUGUAUUGUGUGGUCAAGUCAUCUUGGUUGGUAGAAAAAUAAGUUGUGUUCAGUAAAUGCAUAGAUAACAGGUGAGGUAUUUAAGCCUUGCUAUGGAAAUAAGUAUACUAUAUUUUGAUCUGUGUAGAAAUACAAUAAAUAUAGUGAAGAAAACAA